CAGACAGACAGAGAUUAAAAAAGUGGAGAGUUCUCUCCAAAGCUGAUUUAUAAUGCAAAUUCCAGAACUUGUUUACAGUACGUGCCUGAGACAAGUCACAUUCCAGCAACAUCUGCCUUUUAUUUUGCAAACUUGCAACGUCUGGACGGUUUGAACAUACAAAAACUGGAAUCUCGCCUCAAUGAUCCCGAGCCUUGGUCAACUUUAUGUUGGUUUUUUGUGUGUAGAUUACUGAUAUACCAACAAUGAAAGAACAAACUAUCAUUAUCUUCAUCUUCACCACCACAGUCGCUGCUUCAGGACUGAUGUUAAUUGUUGCGACUUACAUCGUCACACAAUGGAUGAAUUCUCGCAGAAGUUAUCGUGCGCUGGUGUCUGAGGGAAAUGUAGUCAGUAAUCUUCAUCCUGAUGCCAAUAUGGAUGAGAAUGAGACCAGACGUGUGGCUGCAGUAACAGACCUCAGAGAGCAGCACAAGGAUUUCCUUCACAAAAAGAGCCUGUCCAUUGGACAGAAGAGAAAGUUCCGGAGAAUUGCUCUGAGCGAAGGUUACACCAGGGUGAUAAUGGUCACCUCAGCGAGUGAGCAGGUACAUGAGGGUGUUCCGCUGAAGGGCAGGCGUGUGGGAGGUGAGGAAUUCUGGAGGAGAGCUGAGAAACAUCAGCCAGACGAAAUCCCGUUGGACCGUUUAGUGAGAAAACGUAGCGACGAGACAGGGGUAUCUGGGACAACCGUCAUUGUCGCACCCUCUGGCUUCGGGAAAAGUACCACCCUGCAGCAAAUAACCCACAGCUGGGCAACAGGCGAGAUGUACCCAGAGAUCGAUGUCAUCUUCCCCUUUAAGGUUCAGCAGUUGAACUCCAUCGAGGGGGAGACCUGUCUCAACGAGCUGGUGUUGGAUUACUUCCCCCACUGCAGAGACUGGCUGCAGUUCCUGUGGAAGGAGCCGGAGAAAAUACUGUUCAUGUUGGAUGAUGUGGACCUUCUCCGAAAGCCCAUGGAGACGCCGAGCGGCAACGCGCACGGAUCUGAGAGUUUCGGGCCUGAACGCUUCUGCGAAGUCUCCCAGAUCGUGCGCUGUCUUAUUCAGGGGCGGUUACUGAAGGGCUGCUCAGUGAUGGCCACCAGUUCCCCUUGGAGACUGCAGAACCUUGGAACGGUCGGAUCGCAUCGAAUUGUCAAUAUCCUCGGGUUCAGCGCAGAGGUGAUGGAGCAAUAUUUCCAACGCUGUUGCCUUGCUGGAGGUAUUCCGGAUUGGGAUGAGACGGUCCACACCAUGUGCCAUAAUCCUGGCUUCUGCUCAGCACUGGCAUUAACGCUGGAAGCCCAGCUGACAGAAGGAGCCCAGACCCAGGCCAUGGCCACCAGGACCAGAGCGCUUCUCACGUUCCUCACUUGGGUUUUGGACAAGCGUGGGUGUGAGGAUGCCAUCGCCCGCCACAUGCUUCUGAAGUUGGGUGGCUUGGCGUACUGGGGAGUUUGCACCGAGACCGUUGUGUUUGGGAGAGACCACUUCGACCGGCACAGUCUCCCUCUUUCUAAUUGGAUCUCUACACUGAUGAUGGAAGUCCAAGGCGACGGUGGCGUUGGCUACGUCUUCACUCACCCCGUUUUGAAGGACUUUGUGGCCGCUCUGUAUAAAUCCCAGUGUACGCCAGCAGACCAAGUGAAGAGAACUCUGGCUGAGUGGUCCAGCUGCCCUCAGGACAGGUUUAAGCUUGUCUCCCGCUUUCUGAUAGGCCUCUGUUCACCCAACGCAGUGAAAGAGACCGGGUUCCCCUGGGGGAAGGUCCCCUCGGAAACUGCCUCGAAUGUGUCAGACUGGCUGAGGGAAAACUUCAGCCGCUGCGUGCAGGACCUGCAAAGCCAGAGGAACCAAAAGGGGCUCCUCGGGAUUUUGGAUUGCCUUCUGGAGUUCGGGGACGCCAGCACUCUGCGCGAUGUCCUAGCUCCAGUGAAGACGCUGAGAUUCGCCAAGUGUCCCCUUCAACCGGCUGACCGUACGGUUCUGUCAAAGGCAUUUAUUGUGGUCCAGGAGAUUCAGGAGCUGGAUUUGGACAGCUGUGGUCUGGAAGGCGAGGGAUUCCAUCAGCUGGAGCAGGUGCUACAUAAAUGCAAAGUACUCAGCCUGAACAAGAAUAAACUGGGUGAUUCAGGAGUGACACGUCUGUCUCAUAUCCUGAAGAAAGAAAAUUGCAGAAUACAGAGAUUGUUUUUAAAAUCCAACAAUCUCACGGACGGCUGUGUGGAAACCCUAAUCUCCGCCCUCCGUGAAAAUACUGUCCUGUUACAACUGGACAUUGGCAACGAUGAUCCAAAUGGUGACCAAGCUAACAGGCUGACUGACCAGUCCAUUCCUGCUCUGUCCCAGUUCAUUCAGAGUAACACACAAGUGACAGAACUCAGAUUGUCACACAAUCAAUUCUCUGCGGAAGGACUGAAAAGGUUGGAACGGAUUCCAGCAUCAAACAAUUUAACAGUAAAAAUAGAAUGAAGGGAGGAGGGGCUCGUAAAUCCUGUUGUAAUGAUUUGGUAUGCUUUGUGGGGGAUGCUCAUUAGACACAGCGGUUUACACUCUGAGUCUUCGAAGCUGAAAAUAAUACACUUGAUUUUUUUAAAUACACUUUUGUAAUUUGUGUGACAAUAAUGUGGCUUUUUGUCCUGGGUUUUAUUUUGAAGAGAGGUUUUAAGUCACAGGUUCUGAGCUGUCUGCGCAGAUCCACUUGGGUAAGCAGUCUAUGAAGCUUUAGGGGUUGUAUAUGACAGGCGGAAACAAUAGAAGCAGCCUGAACGGGUGGGGUCAGCCUCUCACACAGAACCAGGAUUUUCUGUUUCAGGAGAAGUUGCUACUGGGGGUCUUGGGGUGGAAGCUGUUGUUUCUCUCAGUCACAGUUUACAGCUGGGGGCUCUCUUCCUGUUGCUGACAGAGAGGUCAAAACAAGGACUGUAGCUGCUGGAAACCAGACUCUGGAUCAGUGGUGCUGGAAGAGCACAGCAGGUCAGCAGCAUCUGAGGAGCGGGAAAAUUGACGUUUCGGCCAAAAGCCCUUCAUCAGGAAUGAAUAUUAGACAGUCUGCUCUUUUUGUGAAUUUGCUUUUGUAAAGUAUAUAGGAACAGUUAAUUAGUGAUAGUUAUUGUAUCUGUUAUUUGGUUAAACAUUCUGAUAGAGUUACACCUUAGCCAAUUUUUCUUUGUAGUAUUUUAACUGCAUCUGAAUAAAGUGCCUUUUGUUUCA